GGGCGGAAGCCUCGGUCCCAUGACGACGAUAACACCCGCGUCGCUGGGGAGAUGACGACACGCAGGGAGGCGGGGCCUGGAAGGCCGCGGGGGUAAUCGGGGAUCCCCUGCUAUGGCCGGCGUCUUCGACAUCGACCUGGAAACGGAGGAGGGGAGCGACGGGGAGGAGCCUGAACUGGGGGCCUUGGUGAGGCGGGUUAGAGACUGAUAGAAGGGAAAAGGGGGUGGGCCUAGCAAGGAAGGCAGGAAGGCAGGCUGGGGAGUGGAAAGGAGGGAGGGAAGAAGCAAGUUAAGGCAGUAAGUAAGAGCGCAAUAAUAUAGAUCCUUACUCGGAAGUAAACCCCACGGAGCUCAAGGGGGGUUCCUUCAAGGCAUGUUGGUACAGGAUCGCAGCCCAUCAGUGCGGUCCUGUGCAUGUCUACUGAGAAGGCAGCCCCUCUGAGCUUCAGUGGAGCAUAUUUGCAGCCUUAGUGCCUAAUACGUCUCCCACACUGGCUGGGACACUCCAUUUUCUCUGGUACUGAUUGACCUCUGCUUUGUCUCUCCAUCUCUCCCCCCCUCUUUUCAGGAGGUGGACCCAGAUCUUCGCCACACAGGCUCUGAGUGAGUAUAAUACAAAGUCCUGCAUUGCAUCCCUGGGAGGAUUUUGCUGUGCUUCUUUGACCACAACCAGCUUACCCUGUCCCUCUUGCCUCUCAGGCUUGUCUGGACUGGUUGCCGUGGUGAGUCACUGGGGGCCCAUCUGUAGUCCCAGCUAGUCAUAUGGUCUUGGCAUCUAGUACUUAGAGGCUCCCCUAAGCCCAAAGGCAUGUUGUCAUUUUGUUAUAUGGUGCUGUCAUUGUUACAUGACGGCACUUCAAAGAAAUGUGUAAGUCAAAUUACAGGCCCUGCCCUAAGGAGCUUACAGUCAGCCUUUUGAUGGAAGGGUGGCAACAAAGGGAUAGGAUGGGAGAAGCAAAGCUAACCAGGAUGCUACAUGCAAAAUUUAUUAAAACUACCACCACUCGAUUUCCACUGCCAAUGCAAUCCACUGUUUACCACUCUCAUAGGGAAUAUGUUGGAGGUAAUAUAAUUGCCUUGCUGAAUUGGAGACUAAGGCCUGUGUAGCUGAGCAUAUAUUUUUUCCAAAAAACAGCCAGCUAGAUCAGAUGCUUCAGGGCAUUCACAAAGCAGGGCAUGGAGGUGAUGGUAGCAGUGUCUGACAUUUAACAGGAUACAGAGCUUCCAUUUAGCCAUCAGAGAUAGCUUAUAUUUCUUUGGCAGUGGGUUCAGUGCUGACAGUCUAGGAAUUUUAUGAGAUCUUGAGUAUGUGAACUUAGUCUUGUGCCUGUAGCUACAGUAACAAGACUUCAGGAAAGUGUGGACCAGUGUAUCCAUACCCUUCAGUACCUUUUGCUAUCAGAGAACCCUUAUCUACGCUGUUUGCCUUAGUUUUCAACUUUUGUUCUGUUCCAGUGAGCAAGCAGCAGUUGCUGUGUAGAUUAGUCAGAAUGUGACUAAUGUGUUCUCACACAGUGUGAAAAAGCUGUUCCUCUCCCACCUGUCAGGAAAGUCAAUUCUCUAGUUAGACUUCAGCAAGGGUCCUGAUUUUGCUUUUGAGGCCAUUUACCCCAAACCAUGACUACCUGCUUCACACCUGAUGUCAUUUGUGACAUCAGGUGUGGGGCAGGUAAAUAUACAGCUGCAAAGGAGCAAAUCAGGAGCCAGAAGUGCCCUUCGGGUUGUCCUUUGGCAAAUGGCGCUCUCUGCAAGUAAGUCUCACUGGGAUCACCUGGGCUAGAGAGUUCCUCACCAGCUGUUUGGUGCCGAGAGCUAGCCUCAUUAAAGUUUCCUGUUUGCAAGCAUGAUUUGGAUUCAAACCACAUCUGCAAAAAGACAUUUUUCUUCUGCCAUUUAGCAGAGGAAAACUGUCUUCAAAGAGGCUUGUUGUAACCCCUGAUCAGCAUUUAUAGCUCUUUGAAUGCACAGUCUCUUCACCUGUCAGAGUUGGCCUGCAGUGGGUGGAGGAGGUAAGGAUCCAGUUGGCCUGCCCCUGAUCUAGACUAUCAGAUUGCCAGAGGAGUAAUGGUUUUCUUUCAUUUCUAAACACUCUUUCCUUGUGUUCUAAGGUAACGUAAUUUAAGGAACUUCACAGAAGGUAAAUUUCCUGGUCCUGCCUCUCUACAAUAAUGCUCCAUUCCGCAUGGUUCAGGGAGGCCCUCCGUUAAUCCAGUGAGGCCUUGCAGGGGGGAGGAGGAAAUGGGAAAUUAGCUUUCUGUGAACUUUCUUAAGUUAACUUGUCUUGGAGUCCCUGCCUAUACCUUUAUACAACACAUAUACAUAUGACAAUUUGUGGUUUCAGUGGUUCUCUUCACUCUUUUUAUAUAUUUAACUGUCAGACUUCACUUUGAAGGACCUUCUCUGCUGUUCCUUUAUUUCCCUUGUCCUUCUUUCCCUUCCACAGAUUGGUGCCAGGUCAUUAUGAGGAAAUUGAAAUCUCUGAGAGUAUUGUCAACAAUGGCCCAGAGCGCAUUGGGCCCCACUGCUUCGAAUUGCUACGUGUUUUGGGCAAGGGGGGCUAUGGCAAGGUGAGCAGUGCUUUGGGGUGGUGUGCAUUGGGAGGGUGGGGAAAGUAGGGUAGUUACACUUCGGAAUGUACAUAUCCCUGUCCCCUGUUGUUGAAAAAGAACAACAACUAAUUAAUAGCAACAAAAACAAAAAAAAAGCCAAUCUGUUUUGUUGCUAUUAAUUAGUUGUUCUUUUUCAAAAAAAGUAAACUCAAAACAAAUAUUAAAAAUAAGUGUGAAAGUGAGAGUAAAAACAACCUAAGAUUCACAAAUAUUAUAUAAGAGCUGCCAGGCUGCUUAGUAGGAUGUAAAGCUUUCUACCACUGUUUAAAUAUCUGCACUGGCUCCCAAUUGGCUACCAACCAAAUUCAAAGUUUCCAUGCUGACUUUUAAACCCUAAACAACUGGAGACCAGGAUACCUGGCAGGUGGCCUCUCACUGGAGGUAGAAGCCAAUCUUUACAAUUUUCCAUAAAGCCCCUGCUUGUCCUUCCAUCACCAGCAAAUGACCAUUUGCUGAGCUAUCCUCUAGGUUGCUCUCCCUUGGGUAAUUUGUGAGGUGGAGGCAGUAGUGAUCUUUAAACACCUCUUUAAAAUUUAUGUUUACCCAAGGUAAGUACUUUCCUGCAAUUUGACUCCUAAUUUUUUGUUGUGUACUCUGCUCAGUUUUAUUUGUGAUCAUCAUUUUUCGUGUUUAUCUGGUUCUUAGGUAAUUUCAGGCUUAUGGAGGAAGUGAGAUGGAUGAAACAGGAAGAGAAACAUGUAGGAGGCAGGGAGCGUUUGACUUAUGCCAAAGUUGACCAGUUAAAAUACAGGUUAUUUUUAAGACCAUGCCAUGUUGAUUAAGACUUUCUUUUGUUUUCCUUGAAUCUGCUAAGGCAAAUAGACUGGGAAACCAUAACAUGCCCACUUCUCCUUAUCCUAUAGUUUCAUCGACUGUGUGGUAUCUGACUAUGACUGGGGACUGACCCUGGGCAGUCAGAUGGGAGCUGAAUCAGACAUGCAGGCUGUGUAUCUAUCUAUCUAUUUCCCAUUAUUAUUCAUUAUCAGCAUCAUUACAGUCAUACCUUGGAUCCCAAAUGCCUUGCUAGUUGAAUGUUUUGGCUCCCAAACGCCGCAAACCUGGAAGUGAGUGUUCCAGUUUGCGAACAUUCUUUGGAACCUGAAUAUCCAGUGCAGCUUCCGUGGCUUCCAGUUGAGUGCAGGAAGCUCCUGCAACCAAUCGGAAGCUGCGCCUUGGUUGUCAAACGUUUUUGGAAGUUGAAUGGACUUCCGGAAUGGAUUCCAUUCGACAAACAAGGUACGACUGUACUUUAUUAAGGGCCUUUGACGCAGUCAUCUCAAGGAGAUGUACGACAAAAAACAGGUGCUUCUGUCAUCCCUUCCCCAAAGGACUUCCUGCAUGGUUGCACAGUUCAUAGAAAUGUACACACGCAUCGUUGCAUCAUGGAGUUGCAUCAUGUUGAAGCAACCCUCAUGCUGCAAGGUGGGCUUCCAGUUGUGUAGUUGACAGGAUUGGGGCCUCUCUUGUUUAGUUUCCAGAUAUGUGGUUUCUUGAGUCCUUGACAGGAUCGCCCUCCCUCUAGCCCAGCCUUCUCCAGCCUGGUGCUCUCGAGAUGUUUGGCCUACAACGCCCAGCAUCCUCAAUCAAUAUGGCCAGUAGUCUGCAAUGAUGCAAAAUUAUCGUGCAAAACAUAUCUGGAGGGCACCAGGUUGGGAAAAGCUGCUCUGCCCUUUGCCCCUUGAGUUCUGUAGCAGCCCCUGGGGAAGAAGGCGCAAUGCUGUGAGUCAUUGGCAGUGGCAUCGUUAGAUGCUUACUCUGAAACAGGAGUGUGCAGAGUACCCAGGGCUAUGUACUGAGGGCUGUGAUAUACCUGAUCCAUUCUGGAUUUUUGCCAGCAUGCUGUGCAAUGAGUCUUGCUUGUUCCCUGUGCCAUUCUCUUAUAAAAUGUUGAGCACACAGGAGAUGGAAGGUUGGAGAGACUGGACGGGGGAGUCUGAGAGCCAAUGAUACCUGGCAAAGCUAGAAAAUGGGUGGGACCUCAUCAGGCUCCUCUCUUCAGUCUGCUCAUCUUGCUUAUUGCUUCUGUGCCCACUGUAGGUAUUCCAGGUACGGAAGGUGCAGGGCACAAAUGCUGGGAAAAUAUUUGCCAUGAAAGUCCUAAAGAAGGUAAGCUGCCUGUCUCUUUGCAGUAGAAGGUAUGUGUGCUGUUUCAUCCCGUAGCGGGGACCUUCAUUUUCUCUCGGUGUCUCCUGCAGGCCAAGAUUGCCUGUAAUGCCAAGGACACAGCCCACACAAGGGCAGAGAGAAAUAUCUUGGAGGCCAUCAAGCACCCCUUCAUUGUGGACCUCAUCUAUGCCUUCCAAACUGGUGGUAAACUCUACCUCAUCCUGGAAUGUCUCAGUGGUAUGGAAACAAAGAUCAGCCUCCGUCAGUGGAAAGGGGACUGUCCCAGUGGCUUGGUGCAACUCCCUGGGAGCCAACCCCUUCAACUCCAGGUGGAUUUUGGGGUGUGGGCUGAUGGUUUCUCUUCCUCCUGUGUUUUCUAGGUGGGGAGCUUUUCAUGCAGCUGGAGCGAGAAGGCAUCUUCCUGGAGGACACAGCCUGGUCAGUGCAAGCACCACUCUAGACUGAAGGGGGGUAGUCUGGAGGACUGGAGAUAGCUGCAGGAGAUCUCUCCUGCUUCGUACACUGGCCAUAUAAUCUCUUAUGUUAGGGGUAGGAAAUCUGUGGCCACCCACAUGGUCAGGGAUUGUGGGAGUUGUAGCCCAACAACACCUGGAGGGGCCUAGGUGGCCCAUCUCUGCUCUGUAUCACUUGCGGCAGUUCUGUAGGCAGGGUUUGAAUGAAUGGGUUUUAUGGAUAUGCCUUUCAAAACAAAACAAAGCCAAGACUGUUUGAAAAUCCUAACCUAAUCUAUUGUUUGAACAUGGGAUGGAAAAUUGGCCCAGAUCCUUAACGGUGACAAUUCAGUAGCUUUGUGCUCACUGAACAAUGCAGGAUAAAUAUAGGAAAAUGACCCUGGUGUGGUUUCUUUAAAGGAAAACAAAAACCUUGUCUUCUAAUGUGGCUCUCUUUUUUGAACUAUCUGGAUGACAUUACUAAACUAAUCUGCCAUACGAGUAGUAGGUUGGACCAUCUGGUUUUACUUGAUCCAUGAAAAAAAGAGAGAUUUUGUUUUUAUCUUCUCAGGUCAGGACAAACAUCAUAGGGUGCAGCCUGCCUUGCCUUUGUUCCAUUGCUGGCUCAAUCCCCUGUGUGUUUACUUGGAAAUAAAUCCCAGUCUGCUGAGCAUAGUUUACUGUUGUAUGUUUAGCAGUGCUGCUUUAAUCAGUGUCCUUUCCCUCAUAUGAGUUUUUGUUGCCUUCACCUGUAACAAUUUAUUCUAAAAUAGAUUGUAUUGGUCUUUUUAAGCACCACUGUCAGUUGAACAUCCACAGUGACUUGUGUUACUAUGUGGAUUUUUUUAGAGCACACCUAAUCUGACUUGAGUACCUAUUAAAAAUUACAGCUUCGGUCUCAGAGCUGUUUCUUUGUGGAUUUAUCCCAUGAGCAGCUACCGUAUUCAAGGACUGGCAGCCCUUUGGGAAGAGUCCAGCGCAUCAGACAACACAAAAUUGUCAGCUAGCCAGGGCAGUGAUUUUGAGCUAACACCCCUUGUGACUGGUCUUGCCCACAUCAUUUCAGGCCAUUGAACAUACAGCUGCAUCAUAAGAUGAGCCCAUGGAAAAUUUUGCAUGGUACAACUGCAAAAAUUCACUUAAAAUGACUCCUCCUGCAGCCAUGGCAUUGGUUUAUCUCCUGCGUGCACUGUAACAUCAAACAAGCUUGCUGUUUUAAAAAUCCAUAGUGCACACGGUGAGAUAAAUGCACAGUGGGAUAAAUGCAGAUGCGACAGAAAUUCAAAAGCACUUGCCAACCAGGGAAGAGGAGCAGAUCGAGCAUUCUCAAAUAAGGCAGCUCUCCCCAUUGUUGUCCAAUGAAAGAGGGCCAUUGUAUUUGUGUGCAGCGGCAUGUUGCUGCUCCUCCCUCCGGCCUGACAGGAAGGAGUGCCCUAUAAAUGCAUGUAGCUGUUCUCAACUCUAAUGAUUCUUCUGUGGGGCUUCCAGAGCUUUAACUGUUGCUGGAAGUGGGUGGGCAUGAGGUAAUGCAAUAAACACCAGCAUAAAAUACUGGAUUGCUCAACCAUGCUCUUGAGGCACGUUGGAGCAAACGACUCAGUGACGUUCAGAAAGGAUUCUUGGGAACUUGUAGGUCUUUAAUGAAGAGUAAAUAUUGGCUGCCUUGCCCCUGCUCAUUAAAAUUCCAGAAAUCAUCACAUUCUUUCCACUUUCCCUAGCCAAAAGGAACCUUGACUUACCUGCACCAAACAGGUAUUCCUGGCUGUACCGGAAGAUGCAACUUCCCAUCCAGCUGCUUUCUUGGCAUUUGGGUCCUUUAGUCCCACAGAUGGACUGAAUUUUGUGGAUUGCCCUCCUCUUUUGAUGGACACCAGGCUUUCUGUUAGCGGUUUGCACUGCCUGUUGUUGGGACCCGUGAAUGGUUGUUCCUCAAAUAUUGACAUGGCAAGCCCAUUCUGAACUGUUUGGGUGGCUUGUGUUCCUGCUGCUGACUGAGUGCUUUCCCCUCUUCUUCCAGUUUCUAUCUGAGUGAGAUCACUCUGGCCCUUGGUCACCUGCACUCUAGUGGCAUCAUCUACCGGGAUCUCAAGCCUGAGAACAUCAUGCUAAACAGCCAGGGUAGGCAGCAGUAUUCCCAGUGUGCAAAAGGAGUGUGUGUGCAUGGGGGUGUGUACCUUGGUUUCGGUAUGCUCCUUUCCCUCAGUUUAUUUAUUACUCAUAAUGCUAAUUUAUUAUCCACUCCUCACCCUUUGAAUACAGAGCCCCAUCCCUGUUCUCUAUCGGAGUCCCAACCACCACAAGUUUCAAGAACAAAAGAACUCUUCCCUUCUGUGGUUUCCAGCAACUGCAUUUUAGACCAGUUGAAGUUUCCAAGUUAUCCUCAAGGGCAUCCCCACACGGGGCACAUUAAAAUAACCUAAUCUCGAAGUUACUGCCAAGGCAGUAACAGGAACUCACUUUCCUGGCUUCCUCUUCUGCAGGGCACAUUAAGCUGACGGACUUUGGCCUCUGUAAGGAGUCCAUCCACGACGGCGCUGUCACCCACACCUUUUGUGGCACCAUAGAAUACAUGUAGGUGACUUGGACUCCUGGGCGUUUUUGAGAAAUCAGCACAGGCUUUCUUCUGGUUCAGUUUGGGUGGGAAAUAUAUGUGGGUGACUACCAUCACAAUAUUAUUUCUCCCUCUGACCCCGCCCCCCCACUUGCCUUCCAGGGCCCCAGAGAUAUUGCUGCGCAGCGGCCACAACCGAGCAGUGGAUUGGUGGAGCCUGGGUGCUCUGAUGUACGACAUGCUCACUGGAUCGGCAAGUCUCGCUCAUGCUGUGUUUGAAGGCGGGGUUGGAAGCAACAGGGCUCAGGGUGUCAACAGAAGGGAUGCCCAUGCACAUGACUGAGGGAGGGAGGAAUUGUAGAUCGGUGGUUAAUGAUAGGUCGGGUUGCAGAUAGCCUUGUAUCUGGCUCAGCUGGCAGUCUUAGAUACUAAGCAACCAACUGAACAGGGUUUUUUUUGGGGGGGGGGAAUGGCAACAUCUCAGUACUAGUACUGUCUAGUAAGGCAUUUGAAGGGGUGUGGGGGGACUGCUGCUGCUUCCUUGUCUGUGUGUCUUCGUGUCUCUGUCCCGGGGCCUAGCACAACUUCAUUGUCUCCAUCUUCUAUUCUGAAAGGGUUUGCACCGAUGUUUUGCUGUUGGUUUCCAUGCUGCACCCUUAGCCUUUCCCUCUCUGUUUCCCUUCUCCCCACCCUGGCCACCUGCACUUGCUUGAGCUGCCAAGCAGAUUCCUCCUCCUCCUCUGCUAAACCCUCUGUGUCCCUGCCUUGCAGCCGCCAUUUACAGCCGAAAACCGCAAAAAGACCAUGGACAAGAUCCUGAAAGGGAAGUUGGCGCUUCCACCCUACUUGACCCCCGAUGCCCGUGACCUGAUCAAGAAGGUACCAGCCCACCUGUCAUUGAACUGGGUCCUGCAGAUUGCAUUUUGACUGUCUUGUUGCUUAGGUUGCUUUCACACCUUCCUCCCCCGGGCAUCUUGCAAAUGCUGCUUAUAUGUUUUAAUAAAUGCAUUACCUAUGGGUAUGGGUAUGUAAGGGUAGGCAGGGCCAGCAUACUUUGGCAGCCAAACCACUUGUGGUUGUUGAGAGAGAUGGGGAGGGGAGAGUGUCUCUAUUAAAUGUGACACUCAGCUUUGGAGGUAGGAACCCCUGAGGUUCAGCACCAGCCCAGUGAUUGUCCCCUUCUUGGUUACAAGCUCAGAAGGGCUCUCCAGAGCAGAAUCGUAGAUCUAUGUAGUUGGAAGGGAUCCUGAGGGUCACCCAGUCCAACCCCCUACAAUGCUGACAUCAACCAGAACUGCCCAGUACCUUUCAGUACAUGACCUACCAUUUCCUUCUUCCCAGAGCUGCUAGAACUGGGAAGUUUGUGUGUGUGAGUGUGCGUGCAUAGUUUGCAUACCACCAUGCAGACGGUCAUCUUCCUCCUAAGCUUGGAAAUGGUGAAGCAGGAGGAGGUGGCUUGCCAUUCCUUUCUCUUGCCUCUGGCUGCUGUGUGACCACCUCUUCCCUUCCUGUAUCACCGGUCAUGGUGGAGAGGCCAGCUGUCUCUCCAGUAUGGCCUGUCCUCUAUCUCUCAGCUUCAGGAAGUACUUGGUGCAGAAGCUGAUGCUGCAGAGCAUACAAGCUGAAAUGGAUGGGGAUGUAGUGGGUGGAGGGCAGCAGCACCUCUCACACCGAGUGCUCCAUUGCCCCGAGAGGCAGUAAGGAGGGGCAGGCCAUUUGCCUGGUACUGGCUAGUGUUGGGGAGGGAAGCAGGUGGAAGCUUGUGCCUCCAUGGAUGGUGGUGAUGACAUGGCAGCAUGGCCAAUUGUUUGCUAUUAUGGAAACUCUAGUCCAUAAGAUCUGGAGGUGCCAGAUGGGGGAAGGCUGCCAUAGUGUGUGUGGCGGGGGGAGGUGAUGUGUAGACUCCUGUUCAUGUGAAAAGCGUUCUGAUAAUAGUGGACUCAAACCUCAUCCUGCAUUCUAGAGUCCUGAGUAGAAUAAAAUGGAGGUUACUGUGGAAGUGCUAUGCUUGUGAGUCCCAUCUGCUUCAAGAGUCUGCUUCUGCCCUUUGAGCUUACCUGAGCAAUAUUUCUUCCAUGCAUUCUCUCUCUUUUCCCAGUUCCUCAAAAGGCAUGCCAGCCAGAGGAUCGGGGGCGGGCCAGGCGAUGCUGCAGACGUACAGGUAAAUUGGACGAGGGGACAGUGGCAGGCUGUGCUCUGGAUGGAGAUGGUGUUAGUGAACUCAAACAAAAGUGUAGCCCAUUUCCAGGCCUACUGCGGCAGGAAUUGAGCAAAGAAUUCAGAAUCCUGAGAAUCUAUACUUAUAAGAAUAUAUUAAAGGCAAGUUUCUAUCCUUUUAAAAUAUGUAAGCACUGCCUGGUGAAAUUUCUGGAGUGGAGCAGAGAGGAUUCUGUGCUCUGGGCAGCAUUUCCAAAUCUUCAGCAACUUGCAUAGUUCUUUGCCUCUUCCAAUAAUGAAUUAAAGCAGAGUAUAUUUCUGCAAAUGUGCUUAAACGAAACCAUCUAGGUUGCAGAAGUCAGCUUUUCAUGGUAUAGGAUUUCAGUGAGGUACUUUCAUUUCUUAAGUGCAUCUGUCCUGAGUUCUUUGGAUAGAAUAGGCCAGAUAGAAGCAACCUGAAGUCCUUUCCAGGCUCCUGUCCUCUUCUCCCUUUAUCCCCUCCCAAGGGUUUUUCUUCUUCUCAGCUCAUAAAAUUCUGCACUACUGAUACCUGGUGAUUCACCUGUAUGCCAAUUUUAGUAGCUGAGAAGAUUGUUGGAAAAAACUUGUUGGGAAAACCCAUGUUACAUUCUAUACCAUUUGUGUAAGCAGUACCAUGUUAAGGGGAGGGAAAUCUGGCGUACAUAAUGUGAUUUUUGUGGUCUGUGCUUAGCCUUUUCACCACCAUUUCUCAAUAAUUUUGUGACCACUGAUUUUCAUCCAUAGCCGUAUAUGGUGUUCUGCUGUUCAAGUCACCCAUUUAAUUUGAAGUCAAUCAGGACUGAGCUCUACAUUCAGGAAAAAAGCAUGCAGUACAUCCCCCCAUGGACUGUGGCACCAAGAAUCUUCUCCUUGACAUGCUAACUUCUAUAGAUAGGAAAAUUUUGUUCUUGCAGGAAACACUCCAAUCCCUGAGCCAGUAUUCACAUUCUGAAGUGGCACCAUCUUUAGAAGGCUGUACCUCUAAUUCAUUUUUUGAAACAUGCAGAUUGGGCCCCAAGUACUUGAAAAGGCCUACAUUUGUUGCCAAGUUGAAAUGACCACAAAUGGGAAUUUUACAAGAGGAAGUCAGUUUUUUGUUUGGUGUCCGAGUGAUGGGUAGCCACUGUGGUGUCUAUGAGCACUGUAGCCAUCCUGCUUCUCUGGCAUUUGUGAUUGAUAGACAAGGAAGCAGGGGUGGGGGUGGGGGGAGUUUUCCUGACGCCAUAACUAUAAAUCUAUGGAGUGCAAUUUUUCCACCUGGUUGUAGAUGAGUCUGCCGUCUUGCAGGCAUUAUGAGAGCAGCCUCAAAUUUUAGGAUUUUGAGGGCUUUUUUGUUUCAGGAACUUCCAAUAGUUCUAGGUAGCAAUAACUUCCCUGCCUUGCCUUUCAGAGACACCCGUUUUUCCGACACAUUAACUGGGAUGACUUGUUGGCUAGGAGAGUUGACCCACCCUUCCGGCCAUCACUGGUAGGACCCCACUCCUUUCUUCUCACCUAGCCCAUAUUUCAGCCCAUGGCCUUCUCGGUUCUCAACACUUUAAUCCUGCAUUGUAGCUUAAAGAGUUCUGGCUUAUGAAACUGAAACAGGAAUUGCAUUCUGCACCACACACCCUUUCCUUUGGCUGGCUAAAAGCCACGAUUCCUGUUAAAGCCAUGUGCUCUAUAUCUCCCCCCCUCUGCACGGUAACUCUGAUAAGGUGCUGUGUUGUUUUGGACUGUAAGCCCUAGCCAGCAUGGCCCAAGGGUCAGCAACAAUGGGAAUUGUGGCCAAAAUAUCUGGAGGAUGCCAGGUUUGGGGAAAGGUUUACCAGAACCACCACAUGUUCUUUGUUACCUGGUCAAAAUAGCUAGUUUGCAUAGGUAGUUGAUAAAAUGGGUGACAACUCUGUUUCCUCAUAACCAUGCAUGGAAUUGAUGGCAGAGAUCAAAGAUGCAGAGUGUGAGAAAAACAGGAUGGCUAAAUGGAUAAUUAAUCCAUCUUGAGUGAUCUUGACUUCAAGAUGGUCCCCUGAGCUGUUGUAGAUGGGCUAUAUAGUACCUCUGCAUUCCAUUCUUCCUGUACCAAUUUGCUCUGCCUAAUCAGCCCAGAGGAGGGCAGUGUGGUGUCUCCCUGGAACUCCUGCUAGUCCUCUUGCUCUCUGUACAGUGGUACCACAGUUCUCGAACUUAAUCCCUUCCGGGAGUCCGUUUGACUCCCAAAACCAUUUGAAAACCAAGGCCCUGCUUCUGAUUGGCUGCAGGAGCUUCCUGCACUCAAUCAGAAGCCGCGUCGGACAUUUGGCUUCCAAAAAACGUUUGCAAACCGGAACACUUACUUCUGGGUUUGCAGCGUUCGGCAGCCAAUUUGUUCAACACCUAAGCCGUUUGAGAACCAAGGUACCACUGUAUACUGAUACCUCUUCCUCCCUUUCCCACCCGCAGCAAUCCGAAGACGAUGUCAGCCAGUUUGACACCCGCUUCACCCGGCAGACCCCCGUGGAUAGUCCUGAUGAUGGCUUCCUCAGCGAGAGCGCCAACCAGGCCUUCUUGGUAAGGGACAUGCAGCAGUGUUUGCCUUUCCCUAGCGAAGGGGCUGCAGGGUUGCUGCUGCUGCUUCUGAGUUAAACCAAAUCCUGAGGUUGCAGUAGUGGCCCGGAUCGUAGCUGCGUUGACCAGCUGUUUCCUUCUGCAGGGAUUCACCUACGUAGCCCCAUCAGUGUUGGAGAGCAUCAAGGAAGGCUUUUCCUUCCAGCCCAAGCUGCGAUCUCCCCGCCGUCUCAACAGCAGCCCCCGCACCCCUGUCAGGUAAGGGAGAGCCACAAGGUGGCCUGGAUUCUAGAGUACUAUCCUCAUGGGACUAGGGCAAAAGCAGGGUGAGCUCAGGGCCUUGCUUAUGACAAUAAAUGUUGUCUCCGGCAUCCCUUCCCCAGGGGAACGGCUGCACUGCCUGGGCCUUGGUCGCUGCGAUACCUGUGGCUCUAUGUGAAAUGGCGGGGGGGGGGGCAGGAGAGGACAAGGAGGCAUGUAAGUGGUGAAGGCAGUAACUGGCUUAACUCCAGCCCAUGUUUUGCAGCCCAUUGAAGUUCUCACCCUUUGAAGCCUUCAAGCCAAGCACAAGCACGGAACAGAUGGAGCUGUCGCCGCCCUCGCUCAUGCCGGUGCCAGAAGUCACCGCUCCGCUGCCCAUCAAAACCCCAUCGGGCACCAAGAAGAAGGGCCGGGGGCGGGCCCGGUAGCGGAGGCAGCAGCGAGAUCCUUGGACCGUCCGCCUUGGCAGGGCGGAGCGCUCUGGUUGCCCAGGUGGACGGGGGCUCAGAGGUGGAGAGAGCCGUGCCACAGCAACGUCAAGCCCUGUUUGGGGAGCACCUUUUCUCCCCUGCUGCAAGGGGCCACCUUCCCUCCCAGCUGCAAAGGGUGGUGUGGUGUUGGUGCUUUUCCGUCAUAGGGAAUGAUCCCUACGUGAGGUGCUUUCUUUUGAAAUAUAUAGUGAAACGUGGUGGGAACAGAGGGAAGUUGAGACACACAAAGGAUCGGUCAGAAGGCGCCUGCCUCGGGGCUGAGUACGCUGCCAUCUUACUGGCGGUGCAUUUUGCGUGAGUGUGAACUGGGGGUAGGGAGGACUUUCUGUUAGGACAUGCAGUCUGGCUCUCCUCGCUGCUGCCAGACUCAUGGCAAUUAAAGCUUUAGGACUUGUAAAGCAAGGGGCGCAACCUUGACCAGGCGGAAAGGAUUGAGCAAAUCCUACUGGGUGGAGUUGCACCCUCGUGAGAAACUUCCGCACCCGUCUACUUUCCCCAGUGUGCACCAAGUGCCAAAAACUGAUGCUGCUCCCUAAGUGGCCGUGGCCAGGUCAGUCUUUCUCCUGGGCUACUACCUAUCUAGCAGUGCCUCUUUCUGUACCCUUGACUGUGAGUGAAUUCUAGCGGUCUAGUCACCGCCCAGACGAUGGGCUGGUAAGUGGCAAGGAUUUAACAGCUUGUUUCUGAGGACUGCUGCCACGAUGCCCAUGAAGCUUGGCCUUUGCCAAGUAGUACAGUUAUGGUUGGAGAGAGCCAUGCUGUGCUUCAGUCCACGAGGAGACCGCUACAGUGUCUCUUAUCUCCCCUCUACUUUAUUUGUCAUAGGAAACUUUCAAAACAAAAUGGAAACUCAGGCUGCAUUUUUGGCGGGGCAGGCGAUCGAGCAAGCUAGGUGCAAACGGGAAGGGGUCAAUAGGCAACACAGGGCAAAAGCAGCUUCUGCUAGGUCCAUGGGAUGGGGCAGUGAACUGCCUUCAGUCUGUAGCUGUCUUUGCAGCGAGUGCUUCAGUGCCCUCUAUCCUGCUGCUUCUAGAGGGCAGUGACAUGCAGCUGUUUGCCUGGGUCCUCCCAGGCCGCUGUCCCAGAGAAAGAAUGCAGAUCACUCAGGAGAGCCCCUGCGCUGCUCUCGGUUGCCUUUGGGGCCCCUUCUUCCUCUGAGGCCUCCUGCACUGCUUUAUCUUCUGCUGGCUCCGGAUCGGCCUUCUCCUUGGACGCUUCUUGCUUUUCCUCCUCCUCCUCUUCCUCCGUCUUCUCCUCGUCUUCUCCUUGGAGGAGCUGCUCCUGCUCCCUCUCAUCCCCCACAUCAAUGGGUUGCUCCUCCCCGGACUCUUCGUCUCCCAGCUUCUUGUCCUGGUGUCCCUGUAGCGGCUCUUCAGGGAGUUCCCCUCCCCAAAGCCCUUGCCAUCGGAGCACCAGACCCCUCAGCAGGCGCUGGGGGUGGUACCUUCCUCCUGAAUUGCGGCUCAGCCGACGCCAUGCCAGGAACAGCAAGAGGAGCAGCAGCAGCAGCAGGCAGACCAGGAAACUCACGACGAUGUCAUCGCUGCUCUUGCCGCGGCCGCCCCCUCCCUCUGGAGCUGCUCCCAUGGCUUUCCCUGGAAACAGCAGGAGCAGGGCAGAGAGCGCGUGGACGAACUGGGGUCUCUACAGAGAAAAAGGAGGCAGGAUGAGUGCCUGCCCCAGCAAUUUUAAUAUGACAAGGAGCCUUGAAUGUUGGCCUGCUGUCUGCAGCUGUGGCGCUGCUCCCUGGGCUGUGUGGAUCAUGGAAUCGUGCCCUGAAAACUCCCACUUGCACAGUGUUAAUUGGACUCUGAUGUAGAUGUUAAGGAGGGAUCAUGGUGAAAAGAGCAGGGCACUGCCAUUGCUCGGAAGCUGUCUUAGUUUUUAAAAUGUUCACCAGCAACUGCCUGCAUAUAUAUAUUUUUAACCUACAUGCUGCAGCUAGGAGGGCUUGCAAUUAAAGAAGACAAAAAAAUGAGUUCCUGGCCUUGUGUGAUGUUUGGGGAUUUUAUUGGAUGCUGCAGUAGAUCUGCUCAUGGGGGGCUUUGCAUCAUCAGUGGCAACUCGCAGACCACUAGACAUUUGCUGAAGUGCUAUAAUGUAAGAGGAGCAAGAGUGUGUGUGAUUGUUUCCUAGUACAAGCUCCAUUGAUACAGUCAUAAAGACAUAUCCAGGUGGCAGAGGAGAAACUACAGCCAAUAAGAGUUUAUAGCAAGUUGACUAUAAAUUAUGCAGGCUUAAGAAAAUGUGCAUGCAUAUAUAUUUUUCUUGCAUAUUUCCCCUGUUUUUUUUACGUAAUUUAUUUUGCUAUGUUAGGGAGAGACAAGGAGCUAUGUAGAGUCUUUGGAAGUCAUCUUCAGUGACUACUGUGGUUUUGGAAAUUCAGCAAGAAUUUCUCAUACUUAUGAUUGUGAAGAUAUGAUAAAGCAUGUACUUUUAAAUAUAAA